CAGUGCUCUUAUAAAAUAAUUUCCUUUCUCUAUAGUAAAACAGGAUUUCUAUAAGAGUACAAUAAUAAUCAUGUUAAUGUGUACACAUAUUGCUGUGUUAUUCUGAAAGUCUGAGAUCCACAUACUGAAGCUAAAGCUGAAAGUGGGGACAAACUGCAUUGUGAUCAUAUGUGGAUCUGCCCCUUUAUCAGCCACUAUGAAGUGAACAAGGAAGUGACUAAAGUGCAGAUGAAAAGCAGUUAGAUCACACUGAGAAGAAAAACUUAUUUUCACAUUAAUUUCUGAAAUUACCUGCAGGAUAUUCACUGACUCUGAGAUAUAAAUGCAGACCAUUCUCACUAACUGAAAAGAGGCAAGUAAAAUAAAGGUUAAAAACACAGGAGGAAGUAAAUGGCUGGAUCUUCAUUACAAAUGAAAGGCAGAAGAAGGAGCAGCAUGGAAAAAGACAUUUUUUUUGCUCGUAACUCCAGCAGUCUCCUGACUGAAGAGCAGCUGCUGUGUUCGAUCUGUCUGGAUGUGUUCACUGAUCCAGUUACCACUCCAUGUGGACACAACUUCUGCAAGAGCUGCCUUACACAGUGCUGGGAGAAGAGUCAACACUGUCACUGUCCAUUAUGUAAAGACAAAUUCACCAAGAGACCUGAACUGAAGGUUAAUACAACACUGAGAGAGGUUGCAGAUCACUUCAAGAAGAAAAGUGGUCCUGACAAACCUGAGGUUCUUUGUGACGCCUGCACUGGAGAGAAGCUGAAGGCCCUGAAAUCCUGUCUGGAUUGUUGUGCAGCUUUCUGUAAAACUCAUUUAGAGCCACAUAAUAACAUUCCAAAGCUCAAGAAACACAAACUAAUAAACCCUGUGGAGAAUCUGGAGGACUACAUAUGCCAGAAACAUGAUAGAGCUCUGGAGCUGUUCUGUAGAGAUGAUCAGACGUGUGUGUGUCGGUUCUGCACUGAAGGAGACCACAAGAAUCACAACACUGUUCCUAUAGAGGCAGAGAGCAGAGAGAGGAAGACUCAGCUGGGGAAAACACAGACAGAUGUGCAGCAGAUGAUUCAGGACCGACUGAAGAAGAUCCAAGAAAUCAAACACUCAGUAGAGCUCAGUAAAAGAAGCACAGAGAAAGAGAAAGCAGACAGUGUUGAAGUCUUCACUGCUCUGAUUCGCUCCAUUGAGAGAAGUCAGGCUGAGCUGCUCGAGGUGAUGGAGGAGAAGCAGAAAGCAGCAGAGAGGCAGGCUGAAGGACUCAUUAAAGAGCUGGAGCAGGAAAUCACUGUGCUAAAGAGGAGAGACACUGAGCUGGAGCAGCUCUCACACACUGAGGAGCAUCUCCACCUCCUACAGAUUUACUCCUCCAUGUGCAGCCCUCCACACACCAAGAACUGGACUGAGAUCAGUAUUAACACUGAUCUGAGUGGGGACACUGUGAGGACAGCUCUGUCUCAGCUUCAGCAGACUCUGAAUGAGAAACUCACUAAAACACUCAAUGACAAGUUAAAGGAAACAGUUUCCAGAGAACUGAAGAGGAUUCAGCAGUAUGCAGUGGAUGUGACUCUGGAUCCUGAUACAGCAAAUCCAUAUCUCAUCCUGUCUGCUGAUGGAAAACAAGUGACACAUGGAGACGAGUGGAAGGAUCUCCCUGAUACACCACAGAGGUUUAAUACAGGUGUUGGUGUUGUGGGAAAGCAGAGUUUCUCCUCAGGUAGAUUUUAUUAUGAGGUGCAGGUCAGAGGGAAAACUAAGUGGACAUUAGGAGUUGUGAGAGAGUCCAGUAACAGGAAGGGGAUGAUUACACUGACUCCUCAGAAUGGAUUCUGGACUGUGGGACUGAGGAAUGAGAAUCAGUAUGAGGCUUUUGCUGAUCCCCCUGUCCCCCUCACACUGAGAGAGAAGGUGGAGAAGGUGGGGGUGUUUGUGGAUUAUGAGGAGGGUCUGGUCUCCUUUUAUGAUGUGAAGUCCAGCUCUCAUAUCUACUCUUUCACUGCUCAGUCUUUCACUGAGAAACUCUAUCCAUUCUUCAGUCCUAGGACAAAUGAAGGAGGUAAAAAUUCAGUACCACUGAUCAUCUCUCCUGUAUUUAACACUGAAUAAUCAUCUAUUAAAUGGUGAGAAUAAAAAGAAAUAUUUUACUUUUUUGGUGAAUUUUAGAAAUACAUAUUUCCUUUUAAAGUGCUGUACAGUUUAUUUUAAUACCUGGGGUUUGUUUUUAAUUUUAAUCCUACAGUCUGUUUUUACACAUUAUGAUUGUGGAACUUUGUCAUUACAAAUCAAAUAUUAAUAAAGAUCGUUUACAGUUCACACUGAGUUUUACUGCAGAAUUGAAUCUGAUCAAUAAAAUGGAUUAAGUUCAGCUGCUGAUGUCUGUGUAGAUACAACCGAACAAAACUGUUUCUCCUUCAAACUCAAUCAAACACAAAUGCAAUCAAAUUCAGCUUUUAUUUAGAAAUAAAAAUGUCAGGGUUAUUCUGUUCUUUUAAAAAAAAAGAAAUGAAAUGAAUGAAUGAGUGAAUCCUCUAUCUGUGCUGUUUUACAUCAGUAAAUGUUCUUAU